CUGCGCAGCUCCCUACGCGGUCGUAGCCGCCGCGGACGGUUGGGAGGGAGAGACUGUUGUCGGGAGCGCCACCCGCUGACGAAGCGGCCGUCCCUGCCCACCCGCCGCGACCGUCGGAGUCGGCGUUACUAGCGCCCCACAGGCAUUUAAAUCAAGCGAUAUUGAAAUGGAUUGGGUUAUGAAACAUAAUGGUCCAAAUGACGCUAGUGAUGGGACAGUGCGACUUCGAGGACUGCCAUUUGGUUGCAGCAAAGAGGAAAUAGUUCAGUUCUUUCAAGGGUUGGAAAUCGUGCCAAAUGGGAUAACAUUGACGAUGGACUACCAGGGGAGAAGCACAGGGGAGGCCUUCGUGCAGUUUGCUUCAAAGGAGAUAGCAGAAAAUGCUCUGGGGAAACACAAGGAAAGAAUAGGGCACAGGUACAUUGAGAUCUUCAGGAGUAGCAGGAGUGAAAUCAAAGGAUUUUAUGAUCCACCAAGAAGAUUGCUGGGACAGCGACCGGGACCAUAUGAUAGACCAAUAGGAGGAAGAGGGGGUUAUUAUGGAGCUGGGCGUGGAAGUAUGUAUGACAGAAUGCGACGAGGAGGUGAUGGAUAUGAUGGUGGCUAUGGAGGUUUUGAUGACUAUGGUGGCUAUAAUAAUUAUGGCUAUGGAAAUGAUGGCUUUGAUGACAGGAUGAGAGAUGGAAGAGGCAUGGGAGGACAUGGCUACGGUGGAGCUGGCGAUGCAAGUUCAGGUUUCCAUGGUGGUCAUUUUGUGCACAUGAGAGGGCUGCCUUUUCGUGCGACUGAAAAUGAUAUUGCUAAUUUCUUCUCACCACUCAAUCCAAUACGAGUUCAUAUCGACAUUGGAGCUGAUGGCAGAGCAACAGGAGAGGCAGAUGUAGAGUUUGUGACACAUGAAGAUGCCGUGGCUGCCAUGUCUAAAGAUAAAAACAACAUGCAACAUCGAUACAUUGAACUCUUCUUGAAUUCCACCCCUGGAGGUGGCUCUGGAAUGGGAGGCUAUGGCAGAGAUGGAAUGGAUAAUCAAGGAGGAUAUGGAUCUGUUGGGAGAAUGGGAAUGGGGAACAACUACAGUGGAGGAUAUGGCACUCCUGAUGGCUUGGGAGGUUAUGGUCGUGGUGGUGGAGGCGGUGGAGGUUACUAUGGGCAAGGUGGAAUGAGUGGAGGUGGAUGGCGUGGGAUGUACUGAAAACACCACCACCAACGUACAAGUCCUAACAACAACAUCUGUCUACUAGACUUUCUUACGGAUUUAAUUUCUUUUGUAUUUCAAGAACUUUAUAAUGACUGAAGGAAUGUGUUUUCAAGAUAUUAUUUGGUAAAGUAACAGAUUGUGAUGGGAAAAUCCGUUUUCUGUAGGUUUUAUUUGUUGCAUACUUUGACUUAAUAAAUUUUUAUAUUGAAACCA